GGUAUCUGCUGCUCAGUGCAGAGAGAGAGCUCAGAUCCAAACACUGCCCAGUUCUGGGUACCCCUUCUUCUAAGCCAGCUGGUCUGGCUUAAAAUCUCUUCUCGUGUCUGAGUUCUGUUUUUUCUUUUAUAAAAAGAAUCCUUUCUUGUUUGAUACAAGGGAUUGACUGAGCAAACCCACAGCUGGAGCUGCUGGGGAACCUUCCAGGUGAAGACUGAACCAAAAGCACCGGAACCACACAACAGUUCGAAAGUGAGAAGUGAAAAAGCGUGAGGACUUGGAAGUAAAUCGAAGGAACCUGAAAAUACGACAGUUCUGAAAAAGAAAAACAGUCAACGAUAAAAAGAUGGGGCGAAAGAAGAUCCAGAUAGCACGGAUUAUGGAUGAACGGAACAGACAUGUGACUUUCACUAAGCGUAAAUUUGGCCUAAUGAAGAAAGCUUAUGAGCUCAGUGUGUUGUGCGACUGUGAGAUUGCACUGAUCAUCUUCAACAGCACCAACAAGCUGUUUCAGUAUGCCAGCACAGACAUGGACAAAGUUCUGCUGAAAUACACCGAAUACAAUGAACCACACGAGAGCAGGACCAACUCCGACAUUGUGGAUACCCUGCGAAAGAAGGGUUUAAACGGCUGUGAAAGCCCUGACAUCGAGGCUGAUGACUCUGCUGGCCAGAGCCCAGAGUUGGACGAUAAAUGCCGGAAAAUCAAUGAAGACAUUGACCUGAUGAUCAACCGACAGAGAAUCUGUGGUCUGCCCUCCAACUAUGACAUGGGUAUAUCCAUCCCAGGCAGUAAUCAGGGUGGGCUGCUCUACUCCCAUCAGGGCAUAGGGGGCAGUCUAGGUAACCAUAGCCUGCUGCCCAUCUCUCACUCAUCUCUGCAAAGAAACAGCAUGUCACCUCAAAGUCCUUCCAGCACAGGAAAUGCAGGACUGAUGGGUUCAGAGCUGUCGAGCACUGUUUUGUCAAGUGUGGGAAACGACAGCUACAGUAACCACUGCACCUCCCCUGGACUGCUGUCUCCAGGAAGCGCCCCCAAGAACAUGCAGGAUAAGAGUCCUUCAAUGAACAUGAGCCGUAAACCUGACCUGCGAACACUGAUGCCCCCUUCCAAUAAGUGCAACAACAUACCAGCUGUUUGUGAGGACUUUGACCUGAUGUUGAACCAGAGAAUAAAUCACUCCCAGACAGCUCAGACCUUGUCAACCCCUGCUGUCACUCUCUCUGCCACCACUAUCCCCAGUCAGGGGAUGGGUGGGUACCAAUCUACACUUUCCUCAUCUUAUGGCACAGAUUUCUCCCUCAGCAGUGACCUGCCAUCGCUGUCCGGUUUUGGAGGUUCUGUUCUGGGAUCAGUGAACUGGCAGCAACAGCAGAUACAGAAUCUACAACACUCAGCACUGGGACACAUGGGGAAUUUGUGCCAGAACUCAAACCUAAACCUCUCCUCUGGCCAUCAAAACGUCCACAUCAAGUCUGAGCCAGCCUCCCCUCCCAGAGACCGGAUGGUUGGAACAGGACUUGAAGGAGGCAUGACCACAGUUGGAUACUCCACCACAGGCCGGGGGUCCCAUGAACAAGGGCGUUCCCCUGGUGACAGCGUGUCCAGCUAUGGGAGCUCAUAUGAAGGCAGCGAUGAGCGAGAGGAUCACCAUGGGAAUGACAGCUUCCUCCUCCACCCCCUGUCCAGUCAUGAGGAGCACCACAACCCAUCAGUUAAACGGAUGAGGCUAUCAGAAGGGUGGACGGCAUGAUCAGAGCCUCUCUACAGCCGGGGGAGGAGUAUUAGUAAAGUUACCGCAUAGUGUUAUUAUUAUUAUUAUUAUUAUUAUUAACAUCAUAUUCUUCUUGUACUGAGUGGGUGUGCUAUAUGUGUAACAUGUACAUGGGGGUGGGGCUGCUAUGUGUGGAUACAGUGAUUGCUCAGCUGUAUUUCCAGCAUAUACUCUUGGUAGACUUCACACUAAUGACUCCUUGAAGUUCAGAACCAGUUUUCAGACAUCGAGAAAGAAAAGGAAGAAAACUGUUUGACUUAAAUCCAACUUUUUCCAGUUUUCAGAGCUUCAUAUUGUCCAAGGAAGUUUUUAUUCAUUUAUUCAUUUGAUAGUAAAAGUGAACCAGGCCAAUCCCAACCAGAGCCAGAUUCUAAAACAUCCAAAAGCUUUAAAUGAAAGAGUUCAGUCAAAUUAAAGAAGUGCUCAGUGAGUUAGAUGAGACUUUUGUCUGGGCCUAAAAGUAUUCAUAAUCACUUCUUCUUACUGUUCCAAAGGCGGGUGUUCAUAUCAUUCAUUUCCCAAUGUUGAGGUCAGUGAAUAUAUGAAUAAUCCCAAAGAGUCAAGAAAAAUGGAUGUAUUAGAGGAAUGUAGGAGUGUAAAAAGAACAAUAUAAAAAUUCUCCUGAAAAGGAAAUACUUCAGUAAAUCACAAAUAUGUGAAAAAAUUAAAAACAACUAGUUUAAACUUCAACUAGUACAAAGAAAAAAGUAAGAAGGAAAUAGCCAACUGUUUUCAUUCAUAAGUAAAAGCUUGAAAUUGU